AAGCCCUUGGUUGGAAAAAGUGUAUACAAUUCAAUUACUGCAGUAGAAUUCCUUGUGGACAAACAGCUGGAUUUUAUAACUGAAGAUAGUGCCUUUCAGCCCUAUCAGGACGACGUAGACAGUCUAAACCCAGUUCUCAGGGAUAACCCGCAGUUACAUGAGGAGGUAAAAGCCUGGGUAAAGGAACAAAAGGUUCAGGAGAUUUUUAUGCAAGGUCCGUACUCCUUAAAUGGUUAUAGGGUGAGAGUGUACAGACAGGAUUCUGCCACCCAGUGGUUUACUGGUAUCAUAACUCAUCAUGAUCUCUUCACCCGCACUAUGGUUGUUAUGAAUGACCAGGUGUUAGAACCUCAGAAUGUUGAUCCUUCUAUGGUUCAGAUGACCUUUCUAGAUGAUGUUGUUCACUCUUUGUUGAAAGGUGAAAAUAUUGGCAUCACUUCACGUCGACGGUCUCGUUCCAACCAGAACAGCAACACAGUCCACGGUCAUUAUACACGUGCGCAAGCAAAUAGUCCCAGACCAGCAAUGAAUUCCCAAACUGCAGCACCAAAACAGAAUUCUCACCAGCACCAGCAACAGAGGAAUACUCGGCCAAAUAAGAGGAAGGGCUCUGAUAGCAGCAUGCCUGAUGAAGAGAAGGUGAAAGAAGAAAGAUAUGAUUAUAUAGGUCGAGGAGAAAACCCCAAAAACAAAAAUAAACACUUCCUCAGUAAAAGAAGAAAACCUGAAGAGGAUGAAAAAAAACUAAAUAUGAAGAGAUUGCGGACAGACAAUAUCUCAGAUUACUCUGAGAGCAGUGACUCCGAAAUUUCAAAUAAAAGAUUAACAGAUUCGCCCUCAGAGCAAAAUUCGGAAAAUGAGUUAAAAAGCAAGAACACUUCAAAGAUAAAUGGAGAAGAAGGAAAAUCCCAAGCUAUUGAGGGAGUAGAACAGACACUAACAGAUAGGCGGUCUCCAUGGGAUGAAAUACAGGAGGAUAAAAAACACGAAGACACAGAAAGACUGAAGUCAUCCGUCACACUCCAUGCAGCAGAGCAGCCAACACCUUAUGAGCAGAAUGCCAAGGACCCACAUGUUCAAGAGUGCAACGCGGAAUUAAAAAAUGAGCAAUUUGUACCCAGACCUCCUACUCCAAAAUGUGUUGUUGACAUUACUAAUGAAAACAACUCUGAAAAGGAGAGCCGGGAUAAUGCUGCAAGUACCUUUGGAUUGCAAACAGUUCAGAAAAUAGAAUCUCACAGCAGCGAUUUAAAGCAACAAUUUGCAAAUGCAAAUUUCCUUGAAGCAAGAAAACAGGAAGCUGAUCAAAGUUGGGUUAGCAGUGGUGUUAAGACGGAUUUGAUACAACCUGGGGUUGUAAAAACGUUAUCAGUAAAUGAACACUUAAAUCCUGAAAAAGAAAAAGUGCAGUAUGGCUCGUUUAUGUCUCCGUUAAAUGUAGCUUCUCUAGCAGAAGAGAGUAAACUGCAUAAACAAAGUCCAGUCCCUGAUUCUGUGAAGUCAAAACCUAGUGCUUCAGUUGAUCAUCCUAAAACAAAGUCACCUGAUGUUAAGCCUAAAUUCACCCAAUCUUCCGAUACUGUGAAGUCCAAGGUUAGUUCCCAAAACAGCCAUGCUACUGGAUUAACAAGGUCAGCCAAUAAAACUGAUCAUGAUUUGCCUAGGUCUAGUUUUCAUCCGGUUCCAGCUAGAGUUAGUGCUCUAGAAGCUACUAAAAGUCCUCUUAUCAUUGACAAGAAUGAACAUUUCACGGUGUACAGGGACCCCACUCUGAUUGGACAAGAAACAGGAACUAAUCACAUUUCACCUUAUUUGCAUCAGCAUAAUUAUCCUCUGCAUUCCUCAUCCCACCGAACCUGUUUAAAUCCAAACGCUCAUCAUCCUGCAUUAACUGGUUCAUCCCAUCUGCUAGCUGGGUCUUCAGCUCAGGCUCCCUUGUCCGCUAUUAACACUCACCCCCUUAGUACCGCAUCUCACCAUUCUGUUCAUCACCCUCAUCUACUUCCUGCAGUGUUACCCGGAGUGCCUGCUGCCUCCUUGCUGGGUGGCCACCCGCGACUAGAGACUGCUCAUGCUAGCAGCUUAAGCCAUUUGGCAUUAGCACACCAGCAGCAGCAACAGAUGUUACAACACCAGUCUCCACAUCUUCUCGGACAAGCUCAUCCUUCUGCUUCCUAUAAUCAGCUAGGGCUUUAUCCAAUUAUUUGGCAGUAUCCAAACGGAACACAUGCUUACUCAGGACUCGGUCUGCCCUCCUCCAAAUGGGUCCACCCAGAAACACCUGUUAACGCAGAGGCUUCCUUGAGAAGGAAUACUCCCAGCCCGUGGUUACACCAGCCCACCCCGGUGACCUCAGCUGACAGCCUUGGUUUACUGAGUCACAUUCCUGUGCGACCCUCCAGUGCAGAUCCCCUUCGGCCUCUCAAACUGACAACACAUUCCAGCCCACCGUUGUCCAAAAGUAUCGUAGAGCAUCACAAAGAAGAACUGGAGAGGAAGGCGUUUAUUGAACCUUUACGUUCCGUUACCACUGCACCAGUAAAGACGGAGCUAGAGCAAAGCAGAACGCAGACAGCAAAGGAGAGCCAUAUGCACAGACAUUUUGCAGAUCCAAUGUUGAACCAGCUGCCAAGGCCACCACAGGAGACUGGGGAGCGACUGAGCAAAUACAAAGAAGAACACAGACGGAUACUCCAAGAAAGUAUUGAAGUUGCUCCUUUUACAGCUAAAAUAAAAGCACUGGAGGGAGAGAGAGAGAACUACUCCAGGGUAACGUCCUUAUCUUCAAGUCCCAAAAGCCAUUCAGUAAAGUAUGACAGAGAUGCCGAACGCUCUGUGUCAGAACUGUAUAAAAUGAAGCACUCUGUUCCACAGAGCUUGCCGCAGAGUAACUAUUUCACCACCUUGUCUAACAGUGUAGUAAAUGAACCACCAAGAUCGUACCCGUCAAAGGAAGCUUCAAGUGUAUAUGUUGAUAAGCAAACUAAUUGUCCUUCAACAGCAGCUAGUCCCCAGUCUCUCCCCUCUUACAUUUCUUCUCUUUCAAAACCUCCACCUUUAAUUAAGCACCAACCAGAGAGCGAAGGCUCUGCGAGCAAGAUACCCGAGCAGCUUUCACAGUCGGUGCAGUCUCACUCAGUAAAUUCUUUCAGAAGUGACAGCAGGAGCCCUACUCAGUUGUCAGUCUCAUCUUCAAAUACACUCCGGAGUAUGCCUGCGUUGCAUAGAGCCCCUGUCUUUCACCCCCCUGUGCACCAGAACCUGGAGAAGAAGGAAAGCAGCUAUAGCAGCCUUUCACCUCCGACUCUAACCCCUGUUCAACCCGUUAAUGCCGGUGCUGGCAAAAUACAGGAGUUGCAGAAACCACCGACUUUAGUACCUGAGCCUAAGGAAGCUCAGACUGUUUACAAGGGUGCUUCUGAACAGAAUUUGUCAGAAAUGUGGAAGUCCAAUAAUGCUCCAAAUAAUGAAAAAGUGGAUUGGCAUGCUGAAAGAAUGAGUGGAAAGUCACAGUCCGCUACAGCAUCUGUUAUUGUGCGUCCUCCUUCCAGCACGAAAUACGAUAGCGUACCAGUAAUGCAGUCUGCUUCCAAAGAUCGAGUUAGUGAGAGAUCUUCAGCUGUGACAAAUCAAGCAGAUUGCCUGAAAACAGCGGAAGCCAGGGAGACUGGAAGAAUCAUUCUGCCAAAUAUGAACUCAGACAGUGCUCGCACACAGUAUGAAAAGAAAUUUCCAGCUGUCUCGCAAGGCAGCAUUCCUCGUGCUGUCACCCCUACCACAACUAUGAUCUGCAGUACCAAAACGGAUGUCACCGCAUCAGCGGCAACUACCACCAGCGUGUCAAGCUGGGGUAGUUCAGAAGUGACUUACUCCUUAUCGAACACAGUCUUGGCCUGCGCGCCGCUGGAAUGUACUACCUCGAGAGCGGCAAGUCAGGCGGUGGCGCAGACCCAGGAAUGCAAGAUCAGCACUCCCGCUCUGGUUACACCCGCCGCUGGCAAGACAGGCAGCGCUGCUCAGCCCAGCUCGGGAUUCUCCACCUCCACCGACUUUGUCCAUUUGAAAAAGCACAAGGCAGCCUUGGCUGCGGCUCAGUUUAAAAGUAGUAACACCAGUGAGACAGAGUCCAACUCUGUGAAAAAUCAGACAUUUUCAACCUCUCUCUCCCUAGACAGUGCUAUCGUCUGUAAUACAAUAAACAAAGCGAACUCUGUAGGCAGUGGGCAAACUUCCCAGACGAGUCAGCCAAACUACCACACUAAACUGAAAAAGGCUUGGCUAACAAGGCAUUCGGAGGAAGAUAAAAACACUAAUAAAAAAGAGAAUUCAGGGAACAGUGUUUCAGAAAUUAUUAAGCCAUGUACUGUCAAUUUAAUAGCUUCUACAUCAAAUGAUUUGCAAAAUAACAUAGAUAGUAAAAUCUUGGUGGAUAAGUUAGCAAAGGAAGAUAAGCACCCUAGGAGAAAAGCAAAACGAACUUACGAGUCUGGCUCUGAAAGUGGAGACUCUGAUGAAAGCGAGAGCAAGUCAGAGCAAAGGACUAAACGGCAACCCAAGCCAACUUACAAAAAGAAACAAAAUGAUUUGCAGAAAAAAAAGGGUGAUCCAGAGGAAGAAGUAAAACCGAAUGGUGUUCUUAGCAGGAGUGCCAAAGAAAAAAGCAAGCUGAAGUUACAGAGUGGCAGUAACAGCACUGGUAUCCCUCGCUCAGUGUUAAAAGAUUGGCGCAAAGUAAAGAAGCUGAAGCAAACAGGAGAGUCCUUUUUGCAGGAUGAUUCUUGCUCUGAAAUAGGACCAAAUUUGCAAAAAUGCAGAGAAUGUAGAUUAAUAAGAAGUAAGAAAGGAGAAGAACCAACUCACUCACCAGUAUUUUGUAGAUUUUACUACUUUCGGAGAUUAUCUUUUAGUAAGAAUGGAGUGGUUAGGAUAGAUGGUUUCUCCUCUCCUGAUCAAUAUGAUGAUGAAGCACUGAGUUUAUGGACGCAUGAAAACUAUGAAGAUGACGAACUGGACCUAGAAACUUCUAAAUACAUUCUAGAUAUCAUAGGUGAUAAAUUUUGUCAGCUAGUGACAUCUGAGAAAACAGCCAUGUCCUGGGUGAAGAAAGACGCCAAAAUUGCAUGGAAGAGAGCAGUGAGAGGAGUCCGUGAGAUGUGUGAUGCAUGCGAAGCCACAUUAUUUAACAUUCAUUGGGUCUGCCAAAAAUGUGGAUUUGUGGUCUGCCUAGAUUGUUACAAGGCAAAGGAAAGAAAAAGUUCUAGAGAUAAGGAGUUAUAUGCUUGGAUGAAGUGUGUGAAGGGACAGCCUCAUGAUCACAAACACCUGAUGCCAACACAGAUUAUUCCAGGCUCUGUUUUGACAGAUCUUUUAGAUGCUAUGCACAAUAUUAGAGAAAAAUUUGAAAUGAAAUCCCAUUGUCAGUGCUCCAGCAAGCAGAGCACGCAAACUGGCAAGCUCCCUGCAAUGAAUGGUGUGUCCCAGGUUUUGCAGAAUGUCCUUAACCACAGUAAUAAGAUUUCUCUGUGCAUGCCUGAGUCUCAACAGCAGAAUACUCCUCAAAAGUCCGAGACAAAUGGUAAUACAAGUCCAAGGAGUGAUGUAAGCACAGACAGCAAGUUAACGCCACCUGAAUCCCAGUCACCGCUGCAUUGGUUAGCUGACCUUGCAGAGCAGAAGGCCAGAGAAGAAAAGAAAGAGAACAAAGAAUGUCCUCCUGGAAAACAUGCAAAGGAAGAGAAAGACCAGGAUAGUUUGGAAUCGCCAAACUGUAAAAGCUCCCCCCCUGCAUCCCAGAACAACGAGCAGGGCUCAACCUUACGAGAUUUAUUAACUACAACAGCAGGCAAACUGCGUCUAGGUUCUACAGAUGCUGGUAUUGCUUUUGCUCCAGUUUACUCCACAGGAACAGCAAGCGGCAAGAGUGGAAGGACUAUGCCAAACAUUCUUGAUGACAUAAUUGCUUCAGUAGUAGAAAACAAGAUUCCACCAAAUAGAGCACCAAAGAUAAAUGUAAAAUCUGAAAUAAAAGAUGAGCCAAAGGAUGAUAGAAAAUGUAUUCAGGAUGACUGCAGUAAACUGUACAGUGAUAUUCAGUAUUCGUGGAUCUGUGAUAAGCAUGUUUUGUGGCUCAGAGACCAUAAAAACAACAACAACUGGAAGCUCUUCAAAGAGUGCUGGAAACAAGGAAGGCCUGUUUUAGUGUCCGGUAUGCAUAAGAAAAUGAACUUCAGUCUGUGGAAAGCUGAGUCAAUUAGUCUAGAUUUUGGAAACCAGCAAGCUGAUAUCUUGAAUUGCAAAGACAGUAUUAUUUCAAACACCAAUGUCAAGGAAUUCUGGGAUGGUUUUGAAGAUGUUUCAAAACGGCAGAAAAUAAAAAAUGGGGAAACAGCUCUACUAAAGCUGAAAGAUUGGCCUUCUGGUGAAGAUUUCAAGGCUAUGAUGCCAGCAAGAUAUGAGGACUUAUUAAAAAGUUUACCCUUGCCUGAAUAUUGUAGUCCAGAAGGAAAACUAAACUUGGCUUCUCAUCUGCCAGGAUUUUUUGUCCGUCCAGAUUUGGGACCCAGACUGUGCAGUGCAUAUGGUGUGGCUGCUACUAAAGACCAUGAUAUAGGAACCACAAAUCUCCAUAUUGAAGUUUCUGAUGUCGUGAACAUCCUUGUUUAUGUUGGCAUAGCGAAAGGAAAUGGAGUGCUUUCCAAAUCAGGAGUUUUGAAGAAGUUUGAAGAGGAAGAUUUGGAUGACCUUUUAAGGAAGCGGUUGAAAGAUUCAAGUGAAUUGCCUGGUGCUUUAUGGCACAUUUAUGCUGGCAAAGAUGCUGACAAGAUAAGGGAGUUUCUGCAGAAGAUAGCAAAAGAACAAGGCUUAGAAGUUUUACCGGAGCAUGAUCCAAUACGUGAUCAGAGUUGGUAUGUGAACAAAAAGCUUCGCCAAAGACUUCUUGAAGAAUACGGAGUAAAAACCUGUACGGUUAUUCAGUUUCUUGGUGAUGCUAUUAUCCUACCAGCAGGAGCACUUCAUCAG